UUACCAAACCCCCACAAAUCCAUCAAGAUGAAGGCCGCCGUUAUCCUCUCCCUCGCCACCGUCGCUCUUGGCUCCGUCCUCGAGAAGCGCGCUUGCGCCGGCAACAACUGCAACCGUCAGGUCACCGGUACCCGUGAUGGUCUCCUCCCCAUCACCGAGCGCCAGGCCGACUGCUCCAGCUUCCAGCUCACCACCGUCACCCCCGAGGCUGCCACCGUCACCGUCACCGUCACCGCUGAGCCCGUUGCCAAGCUGAAGCGCAACGCGCAGGUCGAGGCCCGCCAGGCCACCGAGGUCCCCACCGCCGUCCCUGCCUACGCCUCUUCUUGCGACGAGGUCCGCUACGCCUCUGCUUGCGACUGCUGGGGCAUCACCGCCUCGGUCACCACCGCCCCUACUCCUACCGUCACCGUCACCACCACCAUCGACUACUGCGAGGACCUGUAAAUGGCUCGUCUGUGAUGGACAAGCGAGGCUGAAGUGGUGGAGGAAGUUGGAGAACACAACGAUCCCUUCCAUUCCGUCCCUGAUGUUGCGGCCCGGCG